AUGAUGGGGAUCAUCGCCGUGGCGCUGCUCGUGCUCGUCUGCACGCGCCGCGAGCCGUCCGGGUCGUCGCGCCGGGGGAGCGCCGCCGAGGAGGCGUCGGCGCGCGGGAUGGCGCCGCUCGACAGGGAGCCCAAGGUCGUCGUCAGCAUGCCCGGCGACGACUUGCCGUCCUUCCUCGCCAGCGCCAGGCCGUUUGCGUUCCCUGACGUCGUCGAGCCGCCACGCCAGGCGGACGCGCCGGCGGGCACGACGUGA